AUGGCUUUUACGGAAGACAGCCUAAAGGCGAAGUUGUCGUCGCUCAAUGAAACUCAAGAGGCCAUCUCCACUGUCGGUCAGUGGAUCCUCUUCCACAGACGACACGCCGAGCGCAUUGCUCAAGUAUGGCUUCAACGCAUGCGAGAGUCACCACCAAACAAGAAGCUCGUCUUAAUCUACCUUGCGAAUGAGAUCACGCAAACAUCAAAGAUGCGUAAGAAGGAAGAGUUCCUUCGCGCAUAUGAGCCCAUCAUCGCCGAAGCCACCUCCAUAGCCUACAAAGGCUCUCCCCACGAGAUACAGAACAAGAUCCGGAGAGUAGUGGAGGUCUGGCGGUCGCGACAGAUAUUCGGUCAGCCCGUGCAGCAGGAUAUCGAGAGGCAAAUUGAUGAACUCGAUCGCUCAAAGUCCACACGCAAGCCUGCCCUAGGCGGCUCGCUUUUCUCUGGACCUUCGAUAACACCCGAGCUCGCACCCGUAGCACCUCUCGCAACCUCCUUGCAAAAGGCCGAUCUCACUGCGAAACCCGCAACCGUAACCGCAAACCAAGACUACGAGAGGCUUACCAACCCAAACGCUGCAAUCCUAUCCCCGCCCAUGCACGCAGCUAGCCUCGCGGCGCUGGUUAAAAAGCUUGCCGUAGCGGAAGGCGCAGUCGCAGAAAGCAUCAAAGCUCGACAAGCGCUCGUAGCCGGCCUUGAAAACUUACUCGAGACCAACAGGACGAAGCUCGUACAGGACGAAGCGCAGAUCUCAGACUUGAAAACUCGGAAAGACGCAAUCGAAAGUCGCAAACGAGAGGUCGAGGAGGCCAUUCUCAAGGGUCUCUCAGCUGCUGAGACGAACAAGAUUUCUGCUGCACCGCUGCCCGUCGCCACAACACCACCAGUCUCGCAAGAACGCCCGCAGGUUGAAGAACUUACGCCGCCACCCAUGGAAACUUUCACUCCCGUAGGCUCUCCCCAACAAGCACCCACUUCCGCUUUCGAACCGGUACCAAACAUUGGUGACGACGUGAUGCCCGAGCCUGUCGCGCAUCCCGUUGAGCCUACGACUGCACCCGCGCCAGCAAAUCAUACCUCGCAGCCUGAAUACGCGACCGCCAUCGGUGACUUCAUUCCCCCUGCGCCCGAGGAUCUACUGAAGAGCUUGCAGCAUGCGAGGCCGGGUGUUGAUGGAGGAGUAUAUGGGCAACAAGCGUAUCAAAAUACGUACAAGAAGAGGAAAAUGAGCAGGAGUAAUGCGGAAGACGAGUUUGCAGCUUUUGCUCGAGAUGGAGAUAUGGCGGGUAUUGACGAUAGCCUAGGGGAGCUGAUUUGA